CUGAAUCUCAGCCUAUUAGGUUAUAUCUCUUCCAGCCCACGUUCAUGCGCGUUUAUGAGGGAGAUAGGCUCGAGUUUGAUUGAUGUGAGCUUUAACCAUCGACUGGCUAAUCCCGGUGAAUGACAAACGUUUAAGCCAAUUGCUGCAAAGGUAAUUAUAUUCCCACAGUAUCCUUAUUUUGGGAAAGCAUAAAAUCGCUCAUGCCACAGAGAAGGACGACCUACCGGGCGUAGAGCUAAUAAAAUCAUACGUGCGAUAAUCCGCUCUUAAAUUGGCCUCAAUCUGGACCUGAAACAAUCAGAGACUCGUAGGCUCUUACUCACGCACGCACGGAUACGCACGCACGUCCACCCUACCGACAACAUUUUUAGAUUGGUAUGUCGUGACCGGAGCGAUGCAAAUGUCACACAAAUUGUUGACGACCAGUCUCCGACAUGAUAAUGUGAUGGCGUUUGGAUAAAGUGCGCUGUCGUGCGGCUGUUCUGGAAAAGGUUGGGCUGUGCGCGGAGGCUUUGUCGGGCUUAUUUCAGCGCCUGGACAGCUCCUUUCCAAGGGUUCCCCGCUGCGCUCGCCGGGGAAACCCUGUGCUGAGUAGCGGACACACAUCACUCUCGCCAGCCCAGCAGGACAGCACUCCAAUAAAUAUGAUUGCCGUGAAACGCGGAAAACCUGAAGUGUUCUGCUCUCGUGACGAUGGUUCUUGCGACUGAGCCAGAGCGCCGCUUUGUUUUUUCACUGAAAUUCAGCCAGCGCGAGUGGGAGCAGCGGAAGCACAAGCGGCAGCAGCAGCAGUGGUGCUCAUCUAAAGCAAAAGUGCUAAGGAUAGCUGCAAUCUCCACUCACCGCGAGUCCACGGCUGCUCCACUUACUACCCUCAACACCACGGAGACAGCAGGCGACCAACGCCAGGAAAACAUUCCCUUCAUCGAUGCAAAUGUUGCACAGGUUCACCAUGAAAGAAGCCUCCAUCAGAUGAAAAGGUGAAGUGCAGCACUAAAUCAGGAGUGAGUGACAACCAAUACAUUCCUCACCUCUCCAUCACCCAGCAGCAUCAUGGCCAAUGCUGACAGGGAGGUGGAGCAGGCAGGUGUGUCCGACUUGGAGAUCAUCUCUCAGCCUGUGGAGGAUGAGAACCAGUGCUUGGCUCCUCCAGUGCAGCUGCUGAGUUUUGGCUACAGGGACCUGCCUCUCACAGCUCUGGAUGUGUCGCUGGCCGGAUCACAGCUCCUCUCCAACGCAGAUGAAGAUGAAAACAGGGAGGGGUCAAACUGGUUGAAGCCGUGCUGUGGCCACCGUGUCGCUGUAUGGCAGGUCUGUCUGCUGAGUGCUGGGUUCAACUGUGUCUUAGUGGCCUGUGUCAUCCUGGUGGUGCUCUUUCUGUCUCUGGAGUUACUCAUAGACACCAAACUUCUACAAUUUUCCAAUGCUUUUCAAUUUGCCAGCAUUAUCCACUGGAUUAGCCUUAUUAUUCUUUCACUCUUCUUUUCAGAGACUGUCUUCAGAAUAAUAGUGCUGGGUAUCUGGGACUACAUAGAGAAUAAAGUAGAGGUAUUUGAUGGUGCGGUCAUUGUACUCUCGCUGGCUCCUAUGGUGGCCUCCACAGUGGCCAAUGGCCCCAGCAGCCCCUGGGAUGCCAUCAGCCUCAUCAUCACCCUGCGUAUAUGGAGAGUCAAGAGGAUCAUUGACGCGUAUGUGCUGCAAGUCAAAGUUGAAAUGGAACUGGAGAUCCAACAGUGUGAGAAAACCAAAGCAGUGAGAGAAGAGCAGCUUGAGCGGCUCACUCAGAUCUGCCAGGAACAGGCUUUUGAGAUCAGGCAGUUGAGGGCACAUUUGGCGCAGCAGGACUUGGAUCUGGCAGCAGAGCGAGAAGCAGCCAUGCAGAUCCAUCACGUCUGGGGCAAACAGGGGAGAAACUUUAAGGUUGUGGAGGGCAUGACACCCGGGGAGUUUGAGGAUGAAGGCAACCACCAGAACCCCAGGGAGCCACUUGCGACAACAGAUCCAGUGGUACGUGACGACAUGAACAACUAUAUCAGCCAGUAUUACAGUGAAGCCAGCAGUGAAGCUGGUGCAUCAGGUGUCGGUGUGCGGGUCAUUACUACUGCAGCCAUUGACGUCCAUCUACCCACAAACCCACAUCCCAUUCAGUCCAAUCCGAUGCUGGCCAUGGAGCGGGUUGGCAGUGCCCUGAGUGACAUCUCCACGAGCAUAUCACGUUCCAGCGGCAGUCUGACGGCCCGCCCCCUCAGCCUAAGCAGCCACACUCCAGGCUCCUCGCUGACAGACUGCAGCAGCAGCACAGCCCAGGACCUGAGCCUGAACUACAGCUCUGUGCGCUGUGCCCCCCCUGCCUUCCCCAGGCCGGACCCUCGUAGGGACCCCAGUGCUGUGGUACAGGAGCUGCUUUCCUCUCUCUCUGAGGACUCCUGUCGCACUCAGAAAAGUCUGGACCCUGUCAACCUUAAGCUUCCCAGUCCUACAGGGUCAGAAAAAGCCAGUCCUGAGUUGGACCACAGAAUAAACCUGUUCAAUCGCAGGAACCAGGAGGAGCGGAGAGGGCGGGGUAGAGGCAGUGGCCCCCUACAGACUAAGCCCCUAAUCCACCUGCAGGGCGGCAGCACUGAGCUCUCUCUGGAGGAGAAGUACAGACUCCUGGGUCCCUCUGACACCCCUUUGGGUCACAUGCCAGACACAUAGGCUGGACCCAGGAGACGAGGCCUCUCUGAUGCUAUCAACUUGGAUGGACCACACACAUUACACAUGGUAAUCUGGUCUUUCUGAGUAAAAUUCACUCUUGGUCAUUCAGAGAAAUGUAAGACCAAGUUUCGAUUUUACACAUAUCAUACAGUAUAAGUGAUAAUGGACUCUUUCAUAUCGUCCCAUCUGCUUUGUUGAGAAUCUGUGGUGCAUCUGAAGGAAAUGCCCAUAAAUAGCACAAAGAAGACAACCCCAUUUGAAUGCAUUGUUGUACACUCUCUUUCAGGAAUUAAUGAAAUGGUCCUAAAUGCAAUGAACACUAAAAAUAAAAACCAGCAAGGACCCUUCAGGUCUCUACUGAACUCAACUUUAUUGCCAGUGUUCCAAGCCAAGACGCUGUUCUCUGCUUUUGGAAAUAAGAACAGCUAAGUGUUUUAUAAAGAAAUUCUGCUUUUGUUUCAUUUGUACUUCAAACAAUUAUCAUGCUGUUUAUUGUUAACGAUGUUACAGGGUAAGACAUUCAGAAAAUUGGCUUGUUGAUACAAAAGCCAUUUAACCUUUGCCUUUUGCCACAAAUUUAUUUCAUAUGAAACUACGGGGCAUCAUUAAAAAAAAAGAGAAAAAAACAACAAAAAGCUUAUAUGUUUUUAUAUGUAUUUUUCUGUAUGAAUGAAUGGCAAGGUUAUGUGACUGGAGUGCUUGUAGCAUGAACCUUUAAAAGAUACAAGCUAAUUCUUUGCACUUUAAUGUUUACAGACACUUUUGUAGACUUGAUACAGCCGACUUAAUUGCCAAAUAUAUAUGUUGUAAUUUUAAUCAAAAUUAAUAAAAUAAAAUAAAAAUAUUUCCUUACAUUU